GGGUACCACUGGGUUGGCUCUAGCAAAGCUGUUGCAGGCCUGUUGCAGAGAGAGAGAGAGAGAGAGAGAGAGAGGUUCUAGUUCUACAGCUCGUGAUGAGAUAGAAAGACGACAUAGAGAUAAAAAGAAAAUGAAAGAAAGAAAAGAAAAAGGAGACGAGAUUUGUCUUGAUUUGUUCUGCGGGACCAGUCCAUUUUAGCUAGGGAAAAUCUCUUGCCUCGUUGUCUCUGCGUUGUUGGCAAAACCCCCUUUUCCAUCUGUCGUGUUGGACUCAUCGAACAGUCCCCCUUCCUCUUUAAAUAAACAAAACAAACAUUUUUAACAAGCAUCACACCAUUCACUUGCUUCUAUGAUUAGUUCAGGAUGAACAUUUGAUCUUCUCUCUCUCUCUCUGCUUCAAAAGCAAGGACAACCGUUGCAAGAGUGAGAAACUUAUGUACCAAGAGACAUAACUUGUUACUACAACUAUCAUUUGAAGGAAAAGGAAAUGAAUGGUGGUUCAACCCAGGAACCAGAUUUCUCUGAUUUUGUUGAAGUUGAUCCUACUGGAAGAUAUGGAAGGUACAAUGAAAUUCUUGGAAAAGGAGCUUCAAAGACAGUUUAUAGAGCAUUUGAUGAGUAUGAAGGGAUUGAAGUGGCCUGGAAUCAGGUAAAGCUUUAUGAUUUCCUACAAAGGCCUGAAGAUCUUGAGAGGCUGUACUGUGAAAUUCAUCUGCUCAAGACCUUAAAGCACAACAACAUCAUGAAAUUCUACACUUCUUGGGUUGAUACUGCCAAUAGGAACAUAAACUUUGUCACUGAAAUGUUCACCUCUGGCACUCUAAGGCAGUAUAGGCUAAGACACAAGAGAGUUAACCUUAGAGCAGUAAAGCAUUGGUGCAGACAGAUCUUGAGAGGCCUUCUCUAUCUCCAUAGCCGCGACCCUCCUGUAAUCCAUAGAGAUCUAAAGUGUGACAAUAUAUUUAUCAAUGGGCACCAAGGUGAAGUCAAGAUUGGUGACCUCGGCCUCGCUGCCAUCCUUCAUAAGUCCCACGCCGCACGUUGUGUCGGAACACCUGAGUUCAUGGCACCAGAGGUUUAUGCAGAGGAAUAUAACGAAUUAGUGGACAUAUAUUCAUUUGGGAUGUGCAUAUUGGAAAUGGUAACCUUUGAUUAUCCAUACAGUGAAUGCACUCACCCUGCUCAAAUCUACAAGAAAGUUAUCUCUGGUAAAAAACCAGAUGCCUUGUACAAAGUUAAGGACCUUGAAAUACGAACAUUCGUGGAGAAAUGCUUAGCAACAGUAUCGUGCAGGCUACCUGCUAAGGAGCUUUUGAGGGAUCCUUUUCUCCAAAUUGAUGAUUAUGGAUUUGAUUUGAGGUCAAUAGAUUAUUGCAGAGAUUUUUGUGAAGUAGGCCCUAUUUUAAGAAAACCUAUCUUGAGAAAUCAUCACAGCGACAACUCUUUAAUGGAUGGUUACUCCAACUACGAUGGUUACGAACCUCAUAACGACUUGGAUUACUGUCCAGUUGAGUUUGAAGUAAAUGAAAUUGAUAUCUUCACUAGCCAAGGUGAUGAGCACUUGGCACAUGUUGACAUUACUAUCAAUGGAAGGAGGGGAGAAGAUGAUGGCAUCUUUAUAAGGCUCAGAAUUGCGGAUAAAGAAGGGCGUGUUCGAAAUAUCUACUUUCAAUUUGAUAUUGAGACGGACACAGCACUGAGUGUGGCUACUGAAAUGGUAUCCGAGCUGGAUAUUAAUGACCGAGAUGUGACUAAAAUAGCAGAUAUGAUAGACAGUGAGAUUGCUUCUUUGGUACCGGAUUGGGAGAGGCACCCAUCCAGAGAAGAAAGUCCUAAUUUCACAAAUACGAGCUACUGUCACAAUUGUGCUUCAAAUGUUCCCCUCAAAAACCUUCAAGUCCUUGCGUGUUCUCAGCGUGGAUGUGCAGCUGUACAUGGUCGUUUUGAAGAGAUCACUUAUCAGUGUGAAGGGUCCGAACAGUGUGUCACAGAAGGUGCGCCGGUGGCAUCAAGCCAAUCGGAUGGAAUAAAUUACUCUGAUGACGAAAAUGAUAAGCAGACGAAUUUAGAAAAGGAUGAGAGAGAGAUUAUCACAGAAGAUAAUUUCGAUUCCAAUGCUGCUGAGGACUAUGAGAAUGAGAUAAAGCAAGAGUUGAGGUGGCUAAAAGCCAAGUUCCAAAUGCAGUUGAGAGAGCUUAUGGAUCAACGACUUGCAGCUAAACCUUCAUUUUCAACUCUCGGUUAUGAUAAGAAAGAUCGGAAGAAUGGUAAUGGAAUAUUUACAUUGUCAUCGUGUUCAAGUUCAAGCCGGUCAAAGGAAGCGACGAAUGAAUUUCAAAGGAGAUCUUUCGGCUCUGGGAAGCAUUUCUCUUCGUGCUUUCCUACCGAUGGUGAAACAAAAUGCGAAAACCUUAGGGGUCAUGACUCUGAUGUGGAGCAAAUUUUCACUGCCAAGUGUUUCUAUAAAGGGGCCUUGCUUCCACAGUCCCUUCAAAGGGCUACUUCUCUGCCAGUUGAUCCGGUAGAUUUCUAGAAAUAGCAAGAGUUUCCCGCCUUUUCUUUAUCAGUUGCCUAUGAGGGGGAAAAUAAGGUAUUGAGUACAUAUUAGUUGUAAUGAGUAUCCAUGUAUGUAGCUCUUACAGUCCAUAGAAUCACAUCCUUCUGAAAUUUGAAUUUCAGUUAGGUUGGAAUGAGUGAAUGUACAUUGCUCACUUCACAUUAUAGUAAACGGGCUUCCCAAAAUUCCGUCA